CCUGCGCGGCCGUGGUCAUCCCAGGCGGAGAGGUGCAAACUGGCCACCACGCACCACUUGCCAUCAGCUUGUCCCCGCUGGUGAUAAAGGUUAUCUCGACACGCCCUUGGAUCUGGGAUCACUCUUCGUUGCCAGCAGACGGUGAUCGUGGGUGAGCGAGGAAUCACAAGGGGUGGUGUGCGCAGGUGACCCUCCUCUUCUGCGCAUCAGCAUUGAUUCUCACUGUUGAGAAUUUCGAAUAUUUUGAUGGACUGAAAUUUAUAUAUUACCUUCUUUGCCACCAUGUAACGUCCGUCAGCUGACAGUACAGGAUGAAGGGGGCUGAGGGAUGGCCUGAGGCACGGAUUAGACCCAUGUAUCUGUUGGAUGAGGAGUUCCGUGACAUUUAUCGUACGAUUGGCAAUGUGGGCUCGCUAUCACGGGCCUUUUGCAGCGAGUGUGGCUGCAGUGUAGCGUUGGCGGUGUGUCAGUGUCCAGGUUCCCGCCAGCUGCUGCGUAUCCGCGGUGGUCGGGGAGCCGUGGUGAGGGAGAGAGAAAAAAGUGAUCUUGAAAGCACUGGAGAGAGUGGGUGUGUAAAGUGUUGCCUGUGUGGUGAUAAUGGCAAGCCAGGCUCCCGGUGACGGAUAGCUUGGCCGGAAGGGAAGCAUCAUGUCCGGCAGACCACGACGUUGCGCCUCCUCGGACGGGGGUCUAGACGCUGCCCCGCGCAUGUGAUAAUUUCUGACCGAGACUAUAACAGAAGGAUGGGAAGCAGAGAGGAAGUUCGCAUCAUCAAAGUGAAUCACAGUAUGAGGAAUGAGCUGCGGCGACAGAGUUCAGGAGAGUCUGGACCGACACGCAGCAGGGAAAUUGAAGACAGAGCAAGAAGAGAAAGGGAAGGGAGUUAUAUCAGGGAAUUUGUAUACACGAAACGGGGAGAAGAAGCGCUACUUCAGGAGGAAAGGCGGCCCAGAGAGCAUGUGGAGUUGAGGAAGACCCGCGAGGGAGGGAGGGUCGCCGUACCAAAGACAGA